UAUUAGAUAAUUAUCGAACAGACCAUAAUACCCAAACCUAGCUCCCACUCGGGCAGACCACCGAUCAGCUCUGGUGAAGGAAACUGUUUGGCGCCAUUUUGACAAACAGAUUGUGCGCUUCCACUUAGACUGCACCAAAACAACUUCAGCAUGAAGUUGCUGCGUUGCUUGCUUCUACUCCUUUUGAUAGCGGCACUUGUUCUUGAGUCAGACGCUUGGAGGCGUCGACGUCGCCGCCGCCGCCGAGCAGUGGGAUGCUCUACAGCACCAAGCCUGGCCUACACAUAUAGGAGCGGCUGUUCCUCUCCAUACGCCCAUGGGGAGAGGUGUUACUACCGAUGUUACUCUGGGUACACUCAAGUCUCCGGCAGCACCACUAGGACCUGCUCUAAUGGACGCUGGACUGGGUACAACCUGGUCUGCAGGGCUUCCACCUGCUCUACACCACCAACCCUGGCCUACACCACCAGGACCGGCUGUUCCUACCCCUACACCAAUUGGGAGAGUUGUUUCUACCGGUGCAACUCUGGGUACACUCAAGUCUCCGGCAGCACCGUUAGGACCUGCAGUAAUGGAGGCUGGACUGGGUACAACCUGGUCUGUAGGAGAGAUUUGGGCUGCUCUUCGCCACCAACCGUAGUCAACACCUUCAGGAGCGGCUGUUACUCCCCCUACACCAAUGGGGAGAGGUGUUACUACCGGUGCCGUCCUGGGUACACCCCAGUCUCCGGCGGUACAGUUAAGACCUGCAGUAAUGGGCGCUGGACUGGGACCAACCUGGACUGUAGGAGAGGAUCAGGUUUGAGAUGCCCAGCUCCACCAACCCUGGCCAACACCUACGUAACCGGCUGCUCUUACCCCUACACCCAUGGGGAGAGGUGUUACUACCACUGCCGUUCUGGGUACGGUAGCACCACUAAGAUGUGUUACUAUGGAUACUGGUCUGGAAUCACCCUGGUUUGUUCAUAAGGAGGUGGCUGGUUAUUCAGAGGACGUUAACUGCAGUUCCAGACAAAUGUCCUCAAUAAACAACUAUUAAUGCGACGUCAUCACCCCCUAUAGUGGGCAGACACCAUUAAAGAGUUCGAACUUUGAACGUCAUAGUUUAAUGCAAUGAAACAAGGCCUUAUAAAAGUACUUCAACACAUUUUCAAUUCUUCAAACUCGUCUGCGCCAUAUGCAUGAAGUCAUAAAUGUUUGCAUCCUAAAUAUACAAGGGAAUUCGUCUUUAAUUAGGUUGACAAGCUAAAAGUCCAAAAAAGCUGACAAGACUCAACAGUAAACGAAGUUUUGACCUCACUUUCUAAAGUAUUUAUCCGCUCUGGCCAUACAACUCCUAAUUGGCGAAAUAAUCUAAAUUUGAACAAAGUAUGAGAAAGUGUAGGCUCAGCCUUUUUCUUGACGAAAUUUUCAAAAGUAUCCAAUCCAGACAAAAUGUUGUAAAAAAAUAAAAAAAAAGAUAAUUAAAUGUAUCAACAAGGGACACGAAUCGAUCGUGUUCGUUACUUCACCUGACAACUCAAUUUUGACAAAAGCCCAUAUGUCUGAACAAUAUCUAUGAUUAGAAAACAUCGACCUUUUUUUCUCGGGUGUUAAUUGUUAUUUAGAAAAAAAGUUGAAGCUAAAAGAUUUUGUUCCUCACAUUUAUAGGUGAUAGCGUCAAGCUAUAAAUCUUGUUAAUAAAAU